GGUUACACCUAGAGGUUCUGUAUUAUGGGGCAAUCCUACUCCACUAAUACCAAUGGACAGCAUAAGGGAAGAAGCACUACACCUAGGAAUCAACAACACGAAAACCUUGUUAGAAAUUACCCCUUUCCUUAUGGGGCUCGGGACUAAAAGAAUGGUUGGGACAACAAACAUCCAUCUCGUUCGUACUUUGGAUACCAAUAUAACCAUCGAAGGCUGUUGAAGUGACUAAUUCCUGGAAAUU